GAAACUAACAGCCUUUAGAUUAUGAUUAACGAAGGUUUCAAAGUGUAUAAUUAUGUCACCCUUUUCUUAUAUUCUAUUCGCUGUCAAUAUCAUUUAGGUAGUGUUUAACCGCAUAUUGUGUUGGUGCAUGAAGAUAAAAAUAAAUUUAUGAGAUAUUAGCAAUGCUUUAAAUAUUAACAAAAACUUUAAGGUGUGUAAUUAUGUUUUUUUUGUUUAAGUUCUAGAAUUAUAAGUAAAUGAACUUUGAGAAAAUAAUGAAAAUCCAAUGACAAUCGAUUCAUUAAAUACUGAACAAAUUUUAUUUCUAUGUUUUUUUCAAAUCACAAAUAGAUGUUUAUUGAGAUAAUGUUAAAAGGUGGAAAUGAUGAUGUAUUCCAUCAUGAAUGGAUUUAGAUAAAUAUCCUUACAUACACAGUAAGUAUAAAAUGUAUGAUUGGAGAUUGGUAGGGCAAUGGAGUAGCAGAAGUUGGGCCAUAAUGGGAUUAAGCACAUGGUGAAAUUGGAGAUGGGACCUUUUUGCCAUAACAGAUUGUUAUAGUGCUUCACCAAUUUGGAAGAGGAGUGAUUGAGCACUAUACAGUAUACACUAUGUAUUUCCAUUACAUAUUUCAUUUAUUGUCAAUUUUAUAAAUUACUCUCCGAUGUUUCAAUAGUAUUUAUUUCCAAUAUAUAUUUUAAAUGUUUAUAUAGAAAAAUAAAUAAAUUAAACCUUUUUAUUUUGAAUUGGACAAUAAAAUGAUUUAUUAUGUAAUUAUUUUGAAAUAAAAUUGUUUUUUUAUUUAUUUAUACCUGAAUGCGACUACUGUGAUAAGUCAAAAACUUGUUUGUAGUAGAUUGCCAUAAACUCUGAUAAGCAAAGGCAGGCACCGUCCACUUUGUGUGCUCCCUUUUCACUUUUGACUUCUUCUUCUAUUUCAAUCUAAUCUUCCAUUUUUUACUAAUUAAUUAAUUGCCUUUGACUUUGUACCUUUCUUCAACCUAUAUAACCUCUUCUUUCCCUCCCCAUUUCUCAAUUUUCUUCCACCUCCGUUAACCCUUUUUGUUCUUUUGAAAUAAUGAGUGCCGACGGCAGCAGCGCAGAUCAAAGGAAAUACAAGGGAGUGCGUCGCCGGAGAUGGGGGAAAUGGGUGACUGAAAUCAGAGUUCCAGGCACCGAAGGACGUCUUUGGUUAGGCUCGUAUUCAACCCCGGAAGCCGCCGCCGUCGCCCAUGACAUUGCUUUCUACUGUCUACGCCGGCCAUCUUCCUUGACGGCUCUCAACUUCCCUUCCAUGUUACCUCCACAUGUUAACUCGAACAUGUCGCCCAAGUCCGUACAGAAAGCGGCGUCGGAUGCUGGCAUGGCAGUGGACGCCCAGAUGAUUCUGGUGGACAGCCCCAUGAACGAUGAAAUCAAGGCAAAUACAAACGAUGGCAGUAGUUGUGGUGGUGGCUCCUGGGAAAGAAGCGAAGGAAGAGAAAGGGAGACUUUGAGCAUAUCCAUUGAAGAUUAUCUUUAGACGACGUCAGUUCAUGGAUUGAGCUUAGCAUAGGACCGCCCAUGCUGUGUGUUUUUUGUUGUCGAUGGAUCGUAUCCGAUUAAUAUAGUUUAGGCAAUAGUAUAUAUAUAUAUAUAUAUAUAUAUAUAUAUAUGGGUGAAUGGAAUAUUUCUAGUUAAACCUCUUUAUAUUUUAUAAAAUUUUAAAUUAGUAUCGAUAAAA